CGCAGUUUCAGGUGUGUACAAAAUGACAUCCACCAUUUUAUUGUUAUAUCUGUCUGAGCACUCUCGAUCUGCAAACAAUACAGAAGGCGAUUCGGAUGUGCUACUUGUGAACCCAAGGGCUCAUUUUAGAUGCGAAACCAAGACGCCUAAUAGUUAGCGGAAUUUGUCAGUGAAGGAGGUGCAUGUGAGAGCACCAGGGGUGUGGACAAUGGGUACAUCGGAGACAUGAAAUUUAUCAAUUUGUUUUGAAUGUACGCGUCCUGCAUUAGCGAGAUUACGCCAGUGCCGGAUUAUAACGCGAAGGCCGACAACAUGUUUGGCCAUUCCUAUGUACGUCAUACUAUAGUGUUGGUAUAGGUGGUGAUAAAGCCAGGGGGCGCCUAAGAAGUUGGGUUUAACUGCCAGCAAAAUUCCGUCGACGACGAUAUCUCUGGUCUUGCGGAGCCAAAUGUAUUCGUCGGCUUUUGAUGGAACGAAGUCAGCAGAAUGUAACUUGGAGACGAUGUCCUGAUUCCAGAGACGACCGGCCUGUUCAAGGCCGUAGAGGCCACGGUUGAGUUUCAACCCCGCGGUUAGCUUGACCAAGUUUUACCGCACCCUUCUGUGGGUACAUGUAAACUGUUACAUCGAGUUUACUGUACAAAUAGGCGGAGGUUACAGCGAAGUGAUGUACCUCCUUGUCCUGAACAAUAAUCGGAAAGCCGCUGCCUGGGCAGUUGGGGCGUAUAUAUGUGUGUAGCUGUCGCCCUGUUGUUGCUUGUCACCGCGGGCUACGAGACGGGCUUUGAAUCUAGUGAGUUGCACGCGGUCGUCGUUUUUAAGCGCGGACAGGUAUUUACCAUGGAUUAUAUUUCUGUCUGGAGCAAACUCCGAGAUAAAGUCGAGGUCGGCAAGAUUGCUACGUCGGUGAUUGACUCGUUUUGUGGCAAUGGUUUGAAGGCAGUCGGCACCAGAAAGAGAUUCGAGGGCAGCAGCAAUAGACUAAGGUAUAUUAGGAUCAUACAUGGCGGCGGCUUCGUUCAAGGAUAUCUCGAUUCUUGUAGUGGCGGCUGUAUGAGUGACAGACGGGUGUUGUCGGAGGAAUCGGAGAGAUUCGGCGGCGGUCUCAAGAUGGGUUUGCGGGUCAUGUAUCGUCGUGGUAAGAGGUGGGUUGUGGAUAAGCGUACGAGGAAGGUAUGUGGACGUCGCAUGGUGGGGUGGUGACUCAGGGCGAGGUGGACGAGGACCAGGCCGUGGUCAAGGUAUGAGGGGAUAGGAAUUGGUGGAGGGGGUAGCCGGUGUAGGGAACAUGGGAGAUUCCUGUGGGCUGAUAGAGCUGUGAGCUGUGAUAGGUGUUGAUUUGAAGAAGGUAAGUAUUGGAGAAGAGGUGGCGGUGAAAACAAAAUCGGGCGUAGGCAGGGUUGGGGGGGGGGGGUGGAAAUUCAGGGUGGAGUCGGGUAUACAUGCGGGUGUAUAGGCCCGAUUAGGGCGACGAGAAUAAAGACCCCGAUUGUGGUAGUGCUGUACCUGGAAAAUGUGGCAGGUGAAAAUGUGGCAGGUGUGUUUGGCUCAAUAAAUGGUUGUGAUUGUAUAUGUGGCAAGAAUGGCCGGCCACCAUUUAACGCAUGAGCCCAAAGGUACCACAGCGACCCUGCGACUGCCAGCUCGAGUGUUAGCAGCUAUGAGGGCAUCAAUAAGGGAUCAUGGGGCACAAGUGUAGACGGAGGUUGUCUUGUGGUCAAUCGAGGGCUUCACCACCACCUUCCGGUGAAAUGAAGCAAAGAAGGUGAACAUUGGACUUCAAAGCACAUAUGACAAUUGUGGGGGUGACGCUGAUGAGAAGGAUCUUGCUGAACAUUCAGCCCUCCGUGCUGACAUAAAAAGGAGGAGAGCGUGUGAGCGUUUGGCCAUACGAAUCGUGAUCCUUUGACUGUGAUGGCCGGUACUCUUGUGAUAGGCGUCGUAUGUCAUGAUCUUUGACCAGGAACUGUGAGGGUCCGUGGUUGUGUCAUCGACAUAGGGAAAGGUGGUGGGUGUCGAGGCGUUGACAUCGACAUGAGGCGGUGAAGGGAUCAUCUGGUUAAUGGUGGAUAGUGCAAAGAUGUGCGUAAGGUCGGCGUAGUUGACGUAGUAGGUAUCGAUAGUACGAGGGAUAGUGAGUUGUGUAAAUGAAUAGGAGAAAAUAUAUUGAUGCUGUGUGCCAUGGUAUCAUGUGGUGAAGCCAGUAUCCUGGCUAGGUAGGUGAGUCCAAAGUGGGGCAGAGCUCCACAAUUGUCGGCUAGCUUGAGCGGGAAGUUGCUAGUUUCAACAUCCAGUAGUAGGUAACGAACCCAAAUAUCGAUGAAACCUUCUGUAUCGGUGACUAAAACUAUCUCACAAUCGCGCAUCUGCUUUUGUAGUAGACAGACUAUUAUAUUAGAAAAAAAAGUUGACAGAGGAUAUAUUAUUUACUUUAUUAUAUAGUCUGCACGACCCCAUCCCAUCAUAUCACGGAUACAAAUCUGUGUAGUGUUGCAACACGGUUUACCUGCUUCCUCUGAAGCCAACGUAUUUGUGAUAAACACACAUGACCAAAUGAAUAUCGUUAAUGAUUUCACCAUAAUAUGUCGACGGCUCGAAGUUUCUAAAUUGAGUUUGAUUCUGCUACGGCGAUAGUCCGGCCAAUUCACUUAUAGCCUUGAGCUUCGCCUCAGCUG